AUGGAUAUUUUACUCUGCAUUUCCGUGACUGCGACGCGACUGCAAUCUGUUUUACUGAAAAAACGGGCUUCAUGCGUUUGCAUGGGCUCCUUCAUGACGACCCAGGAAGCCGGUUCCAACAUGCUAAUGCCUUAAACCCUGGGAAAGGUUCUACAUGCUAAUUAUUUAGCCUGAUUGGUUGCUACGAUGUCUUAGAAAAAAGUGCUUGUGUUGAUCGUGCAGUUCUCGGGAUUUGUUUGGUUGCUUCUGACUUAUAAUUUUCAUAAUUUCGGGACGUAUGUAUAAUGACUGUUGUCUUAGUUAUGCUUCUGUUUUGAAAUUAAUUAUGGCAAACUGGCAUGUUGCGUGCAGACGUUCCCAGUGAGAUUGUCGAAGAUUCGAAGUUUGUUCCAUUGAACGAGGAUGAUCCUAUAUAUGGCCCACCUGUAUGUUUCUUGUUCUCUUUUAAAUUCUAGAAAAACCUUUCUAUUGAGUGCUUCUUCCAUAACUUAAUUCUGGCCAAAAAUAGAGCUCUGUAUUAUUUUACAGCAUGCAAAGCGACAAGAGAUGGGAUAUAAAACCUUCAAUGACACAAGGGGCUUCUGCCCAAAUAUAUUCAUCCUAACCUGCACCCACACCUCCUCCUUCUCCACUGCCGCAACCAUUCCAUUAACAGAAUGUUUUCAUCCUUCAGGCAUUACUAUUGGCUGGUUUUGAAAUGAAUGAAGCAGCCAAGGUACUUCCUCUCAUUCUCAAACUUUGCCUUUUAACUGAUGGGCGCUCUGAUUGCGUUUAAAUAUAAUCGUUGUGUUUUCAUUCUUCUUUCUUUAGCUCCUAUUGGGCGUUUCCUUUUAUAGCAUUUUCGAUAUUGUAUGCCUAAAAACUUGAGACUAGCAUCAACUUCCUUCUGCUUAUCUCAUAAUACGCUUUAUUUCAUUGACCUUAUCAAAACUCAUGACUAGCUGUCAGGUUAAUGAAGUAAAUUAUCGAUGCAGAUAAAGCAGCUUCUAAAAGAUCUGGAUGGUGAUUUUCUCCAGGUAAUUUCCCGGCUGCUUCUUUUGAUUAUCCUUUCGAUAUUUCUUUUCUUUUCUGCAUUCAUCAUGAAUUAUAGAGAGUUAAUCUUUCCACUUCACCUGCGAAUCAGUCUGUGGAUAUCUCGUGUAUUGAAUUCACGCAGAUUAGGGGAACUACUUUUGAAUUUAUGUUCUUCCUGGUUCCAUGGUUUAUAUCACCCAAAUAAAUAUCUUAGUGGAAAAAUUGUUCAUAUAGCUUCUUGUUCCUUUUAAGCGCCACUCUGGAAAUUCUCAUAAAGUUUUUCGAUUUUUUUAGCAGAUCAUCUACUGCACCGAAGAUAUGAUUUCACUUACUGUCUGGGACGCAAUGCACGCACAACCACAGAAUCUAGAAGCUUUGGAGGUGCAAUUUUUUUUAUCUACCUUUUAUGGUGAAUCCGCAUUCUAUUAGCAUUCCCCUCUGGCGAUAUGGCCAACUAAAUAUAAUGGUCAAAAUCACAAAGCCUAUGUAUCUGCAGCGUAUUUAGACACCAACUUGAGAUUCACAAUGAUUUUCAAAUACCUGAGCCUAUGUUCAUAUUUCUGGCUACCAUGUCUGAAUGGCCUUGUGAUGCUAGACUACGUCCUAUACUACAUUGGAUCAUGUCCUUUCUACUGCUGGGCAAAGUAGCCUUUUACCCUUUGCUCCUCUUCCUGAAUCGCCAACUUUUUGCUCAGGAAGGAAGUUCACUGCCUAGAAUAUGCAUUUUCUCUGGCUUAAGUGGCGAGGAGAUGAUGAUGUUUAUCAACGCAUUCCCAGAAACAGGUAUGCGCCUUUACCGUAAUAAUUAUUCUCACUUUCUAAGGUUUCAGACCGCAUAUACACCAGAAAAACCCUUGCUUAUUUAGGAUGUGUGCCUAAAUAUCAAGAUCUCAUGCAUAAGUGGACAGUAAGGAGCUGGGCUCUCCUACUCUGGUUGCUUAGGCGAUUCUCAAAAUUCCACCAAUUUUCCAGGGUAGGAGUCUCUAGAGGGAUAAAUGUACACACAAACAAACAGUGGCUACUAGAUCAGUACCUAUGUUGUUCCCGGGUAUUCUUCCAUGCAGAGGUCAAAUUCGAACGUUGGGCUAGCAGUGUUUAGUGCACAACUAGGAGAGGGGGGAGACGGCUGAGUUUCUGGGGUGCUAGAAUAGGGCAAAGUAUCUCCGAAACAGAGGAGGUGAGGUUUUUCAUUGCUGCCCGUUAAGGGAAUUUCUUACUGCUCUGAACUGGAAAGAGGAGGGAUGAUGCCAUUCCAAGCAGAGUUCGUUCUCUUCUACCUCGGCAGUAGCGAAUCAAGGAAAGUAGUUUCUUGAGUAGCUCCCACUGAUAGCCUCAUCUGGUUGGAUGCCACUAAGCUUACAUUUUUAGCAUGCUCGAGUUAUUCCCAAUUGGCAUUUGAGGAAUGAGUGAGCUGAGAUAGAGAUAGAGAGAGAGAGAGAGAGAGAGAGAGAGAGAGAGAGGCCAGGAGUGAUCGUAAGUAAGGUCACUUGCUCCAUGCAGGCUUGGCACCGGCUGUCUUUGCGGCCCUGGUCCCUAACAGUGCGAGCAAAGCCCUUGGUGAGGUUAUAGACGAGAUAAUGGGCGACCAUGAGAUGCUGGUAAGUCUGAGAACCUCCUCCAAUCCAUGGCCGCCCUGCGCGCCCGGUCGCUCAUCUCCUAGGACACUCUUUGUGCAGUCCUCUAGGCGGCCGUCGGAUUGAUCACCCGGGAAGAGGAAGGAAGCACUGUGGAGUCCUGCUGCCCCCAACCGGACCGAGAACCUCUCCCUCUUGUCCCUGUUACAUGGCAGACCUUUGGAAGACUGGGAGGCACAAUUGAUCCUUGCUUGGUGGUGGCCUAGUAGUGAUUCCUCCAGAGUAAGAGAGAGACAGAGAGAUAG